CAUUGCGUUUGCGUGUUUCUCUUUUCCACCGCGAAUCUUUCGGCGUUGGAAAGCCACCUGUACAAUUUCCUCUGGAAAUUAGCACAAAAUUAGUGAUAUUCUCAGGAAAACUUUAUCAAUCUAGUGUAGUUUGUUACCUAUUCCGUCCCAGCAUGAUGAAACAGUGGAUUUAUGCGGUGUUUGUUGUGUUACUCGCGGUUGCCAGUGCUGACACCGGAGCCGGCAUCAAAACCGUCACUGAUGAUGAUCUCGUGAAAUUGUUUCACAGCCAUUCCAAUUUUGUGGUGCUGUUUUCCAAAAAGGAUUGUGAAACCUGCGACAAGUUGGAGGCUAUUCUAGAAAAUCUCAAACAAGAAAUCAAUGACAAUCUGGAGGGAAGAGUUGUGAAAGCUACUGGAAGCCAGCUGGCCCGUUUGUACAGUCCGACGAAGGAGCCUGCCGUGGUAUUUUUCAGACACGGUGUACCUUUCCUAUACGAUGGCCCAGUCAAUGAGGAUGCUCUGAUAGGAAAACUUAUACAGAACAAGGAUCCAAAUGUAAAAGAGCUAUCGGAUGAAAAUUUUGAGCAUCUUACCCAAGCUUCCAGUGGAGCUACCACGGGUGAUUGGUUCAUCAUGUUCUAUACAUCGAAUUGUGUCGAUUGUCAGAGAUUGACUGCUGUUUGGGAAGCUGUAGCUGGAGAUCUCAAAACGCGCAUGAAUGUCGCCAGGAUUGAAAAAGACGGCAAAGGAAGUGCAACAGCCGACAGAUUUCUUGUGAAAGAAGUACCUGCAUUUAUUUUCCUACGUCAGGGUAAAUUCUAUCGCUAUGAAAUCAAGAAAUACGACGUCAAAUCUUUUGUGAGCUUUGCACAAGAUUGGUACAAAAACGCCUCGCCCGAAAAAGUUCCUGUUCCGCAGUCACCAUUUGACCAAAUGGUGGAGCAAGCGGUUUAUUAUUUGAAAAACCUGCCAAAAUACGCCAAUGUGCUGAAGACAGAAUAUCCCGCACUGUUCUAUGUGUUGGCCGGGCUGAUCGUCUUUGUGGUCUUGGGAUUCACGGCUGCCAUAGUAUUAGCAGUUCUGACUCGUUGCAAGGCAGCUGCAAAGAGCAAGAAAACGCGUGCGAAGAAAGCAAAAUAAAUGGCACGAUGAAAUGCCAAAACAAAACAUGCGAUUGGUAGGCAAUCUCGCUGUACUUCAUUCCUUUUUCCAGUUUUGACAGUUUUGUAUAAUUAAAAACAUUUGUAAAAAUAAAGUAAUCUUUCAUACAUACUGUAGAACAGACUA